CACUGAGCCGGAGGAGGUGUCUUGUCACAGUAAUGCAAUAAUGAACUGAACAGGAAAAGCUGUGCCACCCCAGACACUGCCAGUGCUCGCCCUCAGCCGGCAUCCUCCCUCGUGCAAGGACGUGUCAUGUUGCCUCAGUCAUGGAGCGGGAGCUGGCCUUCACUAGGAACCCUGUCCCGGUGACUGCAGCCACGUCCGUGAACCCAGGGAAAAGGCAUUCAUGUCACAUUAGAGAUCAAAAUGUUCUCCAUGUGGAUUAUGCAUGUGGCAAUGUGGUGUUUGGUACAAGCAGUAACGGAAAGUUGUGAUAAAGGAGACAUGAUUGCUAGCACAGAUUCUGUGGUCCUUCCUGGAUCAAACAUUACCUUCUCGUGCCGGCUAAAACAGGGUGAACGAUGCAAGGAGCUAAUUUUCAAUAGUUCUGAAAUGGUUCUUACAUAUGGAAGACACACAUUUAUUUGCAAAUGUAAAUCGAAUGAAAAACUCAUCUGUGGAGUUGACAUCUAUGUUGGAAAUCCUCCAGAUCAGCCAAGAAAUGUAUCCUGCAUUCAGUAUGGAAGAGAUGGGCAUAUUACUUGUACUUGGGAUAAAGGAAGACCUACUCACAUAGAAACUACAUAUGUGAUACAGCUAACAAAUGAGACAGAAUGCUUAAGUUUUUUUGAAGAAAAUGUGGAAAAUCCUAAAUAUGGCUCAUUGAAGCUGACCAAGCUGAACUUUUAUUCUAAUUAUACAGCUGUGGUUGCUGCCUCAAAUAGACUAGGAAAUGCUUCUUCCCUACCCUUCACUUUCAUGUUCAUAGACAUAGUGAAACCUCAUUCUCCAACAGAUAUAUUAGUGAAAUUUGACAACUUUUCUGCAACAAAUUGCACUGUCUUGUGGCAGGAUCAGCAACAGACACAAAGCUGUAGACUAAGAUAUCGACCAGCUAACAAUCACGUCUGGAAUAUGGUUGAAACUUUAAAUGCUACCAGAUACUAUCUACAUGAGCUGAAGCCACAUACAGAGUAUGAAUUUCAGGUUUGCUGCAGAUUUCACCCAAACAGAGGAAUAUGGAGCGAGUGGAGCACAUUUCGAAUACAGACUCCAGAAGCAGCUCCAACUGGAUUGUUAGAUGUCUGGUACAUAAGGCAGGACAUAGACUCCCAAAAACAGAAUAUCACUCUUUUUUGGAAGGUUAUGAGCAAGUCAGAAGCAAGAGGAAAGAUCCUGCAUUACACCUUGUCUUUCCAAGCUCUAAAGCAGAAGACAAACGUGUAUGAUACCACACAAACGCACUACGUUCAGGUCCUUCCCAAGGUGGAUUACAAUAUAACAGUGUGUGCUCAUAACUCGAAAGGAAACUCACCUCUGACGUCUAUCGUUACUGAUUUGAGUAUUUUAGAUCUGCCUCCUCCUCAGAAUAUCUCUUUUACACCAAUGGAGAACAACAGCAUCUUUGUCAUUUGGGAGCCUCCCAUUGAAUCUGCAGCCUUCAUCAAUGGGUAUAUAGUGAAAUGGGCAGAAACAAAUAGCCCUGGGCCCCAUCUGAACUGGAUAAAAUUUUCAACAUCCCAGUUGUCCACAGUAAUAUCAGAGAGCAUAAAGCAGGAUGUGUGCUAUGACAUCCACGUAUUUGCACUUUACAGCAAGAGAACUGGACGAGCGGCUGCAGCCAGAGGAUACUCGAAACAGAAAGCACCCUCAGCUGGCCCCCAGAUUUCUACAGCAGUAAAUGGAAAUGGUGUUUGGGUAUCAUGGGAAGAAAUCCCAGGUGACCAGCAAAUGGGUUGUAUCAUUAGCUACAAGAUAUAUUUGCAGAAGAAAACCUCUGAGACAGGCCUUAAAGUUUAUGACAUCCCCAUAGAGACUUCCAGAAAUUCAUUUUUAAUCACAGAUCUACAGCAUGACGUGAACUAUGUUUUAUGGAUGACAGCUUCAACCAUGGCUGGAGAAAGCCCUAAGGGGAAUGAGGAACUGGUUUACCUAGAAAGUUCUUCUGAAUGGAUUAUUGUUUUAGCUGCUUGCAUCUUCUUCGGUAUUUCAGUCUUCAUUUGCUUGGUGCAAUCUGCUCAAAAAGACUUCCUCCUUGCUGUCCUUGUACCCAAGUGGUACAGAAAAGCCAUUCCAGAUCCAGCUAACUCUACAUGGGCUAAAAAGUACUCCUCCGUAGCGGAUGAGCUGAACUUGCAUUCCAAUCAGUUCGUAAGCUACUUGAGCAGUUUUGAAGAGCCUGAAACUAUAGAAGUAGAAGAAGUCUUCAUAAAAAGUGAACCAGCAGCUUUCAAGGACAUAUCCAUCUUCAAUAUUAAAAGCAGUGAAGAUCACCACUGGCCAACAAUAGGAAACAGCUUUGAGAAACCCGAGUCUGGUGAACAGAACUCUGAGUACAAACCUUUAGUUGCCAGCACACCAGAGGAUGGAGACAAUUGUAAGUGUCACUUGCCUUACUUGUACAAAAAAGUAAUAGUGGAGGAAACAGAACAAAUUUCUGAGUACCUUGCCAAUCCACUGACGGACAUGACUGUGAACUAUUUGCCUUCAAACAUACUGUCUCCCAUUAUGGACACGAAUGAAGAAGGCAAUGAAUUUGAAUGUAAAUCCUUCUCCAUUUUCCCAACAACUUCUCUUCUGAUGCCAGUGUUUUCUUAUGGAGGAAAACUUACCUUGGAUGCAGUUAAAAUUGACGGCAGUUGUUUCACAGAGUAAACUGUCAAGCUUGAAGAUCUGCGCUUUUGUUUUUGAGCCAGGUUCUGUGCACUUUAGUCACAUACACAAACCACAACAUUAUUAUUUGUUUGAUGUUACCAGCUCUCAAUUUAAGUGUAAUUCCAAACACCAUUAGAAGAGUUAGAAUUGUGUUUUGUGUCUGUCUUUGUGAGACAGUAUGUUUGCAUCUCUUUCUUGUGUGGAUCUUAUGAGAACUUACUCUUGAAGUAGGGGCUAUGUUCCUACUAAUAAGAAGUUAGAGUUCUUACAGUGGAGCAUACUUGUAUAUUAACUGCCAAGAGCUUUAUUUUAAUCUAGACCAGAGAUUCUCAGACUAGGGGUGGUGUUGGCACUGAAUGUAUUUGGCAGGCAGGAGGGGACACGAGUAGCUUUAGUAAAAAACAUUACUGUGCACAUUUUACCACAGAAAUGAAUAACUCUUGAGAUUUGAGGGAGACAGGGCAUCUAUCUUACACUCUGUCAGCUGUUCAGUAUGAUACUUUUCUGCGCUGCUGCUGGUGGCAGCACUGCCUUAGAAUAGGGCUGUGUCUAGA